UCUUCUUUGCUUGUCAUUUCUUGACAUAAAUUGAUUGUUGUCAUUGAAUGCUGUGAUAAAGUUAUUGUUGUUGCUUGUUGUUGCUGACGUAUCAACAAAUAAAUUAUUAUUGUUUUUACAAGUAGUGCAAAAGCUGUGGGUUGCCAGUGUGUAAAUAUGGCUUUUUUUACAUUACGUACUUCCAAACUUGUUCAAAGAGUACAUCAAGUAUCAAAGAGAUGUUAUUCAGAAACAGCAUUUCCAAAAAUUACUACACAUUAUACAGUUGUUCCUCGAGAGACAGAUUCAAGAUGGAAAGAUGUAAAUAUGGAAAGAUUUGUUGAUGAAACUGAUAUAUUAAUUAUUGGUGGUGGACCAGCUGGAAUGUCAGCAGCAAUAAAAGCAAAAAUGCUUGGUGAAAAAUUAGGCAAAGAAUUACGUGUAACACUAGUUGAAAAAUCAUCAACAGUUGGUGGUCAUAUAUUAAGUGGUGCAUGUAUUGAUCCAAUAGCAUUAGAAGAAUUAUUUCCAAAUUGGAAAGAACUUGGUGCACCAUUAAAAACUCCAGUGACUGAAGAUAAAUUUGCAAUAUUAAGUGAAAAAGGAAGAAUAUCUGUACCAAUUUUAAAAGGUAUGCCAAUGUAUAAUCAUGGUAAUUAUAUUGUUAGACUAGGACAUGUUGUUACUUGGCUUGGUGAACAAGCUGAAGCUGCUGGAGUUGAAAUAUAUCCUGGUUAUGCUGCAUCAGAAAUACUUUAUCAUGAAGAUGGAUCUGUUAAGGGUAUUGCAACAAAUGACGUGGGUAUUGCUAAAGAUGGAUCACCAAAAGAAGUAUUUGAACGUGGAAUGGAAUUACAUGCUAAAUGUACAAUAUUUGCUGAAGGUUGUCAUGGACAUUUGACAAAACAAGUAUCAAAACAAUUAAAUUUAAGAUCUAAUUGUGAACCACAAAGUUAUGGAAUUGGUCUCAAAGAGGUAUGGGAAAUUCAAGCAGAUAAACAUCGACCUGGUGCAGUUGAACACACAGUUGGUUGGCCACUAGAUAAAAAUACAUAUGGUGGUUCAUUUCUCUAUCAUCUUGAUGAAGAGACUCCUUUAGUUGCUGUUGGUUUUGUUGUUGGUUUAGAUUACACCAAUCCAUACUUGCAUCCAUUCAAAGAAUUUCAAAGAUUCAAACAACAUCCUUCAAUACGAUCAACAUUUGAAGGUGGUAAAAGAAUUGCUUAUGGUGCAAGAGCUCUAGUUGAAGGAGGUUUCCAAUGUAUACCAAAAUUACAAUUUCCUGGUGGUUGUUUAGUUGGUUGUUCAGCUGGUUUUCUAAAUGUACCAAAAAUAAAAGGUGUUCAUAAUGCAAUGAAAAGUGGUAUGUUAGCUGCUGAAAGUGCUGUUGAAUCAAUUAUUGAUUGUGAAAAAAAUUCAUCAAAAACACUUGGUAUUGAGCCAAAGGAUUAUACAGAAAAAUUAAAAAAUAGUUGGAUAUGGAAAGAGCUAAAAGCUGUUAGAAAUUUUAGACCAAGUUUUCAUACAAGUCUUGGUCUUUAUGGUGGUAUGAUGUAUUCUGGUUUUUCCAUGUUGGUUGGAGGUAAAGAACCUUGGACUCUUUCACAUGGAGGUGCUGAUCAUACAAAACUUAAACCUGCAGCACAAUGUGUACCAAUUGAAUAUCCAAAACCAGACAAUAAAAUAUCAUUUGAUUUGUUAUCGUCUGUUGCAUUGACAGGAACAAAUCAUGAAGGUGAUCAACCACCUCAUUUGACUCUCAUGGAUGAUACAGUUCCUGUUAAAAAAAAUUUAGCAAUUUAUGACGGUCCAGAGGGUCGAUUUUGUCCAGCUGGUGUCUAUGAAUAUGUACCACUUGAAAAUGGUGAUGGUCAAAGAUUACAAAUAAAUGCUCAAAAUUGCAUUCACUGUAAGACCUGCGAUAUCAAAGACCCAAGUCAAAAUAUUAAUUGGGUCGUUCCAGAGGGUGGUGGUGGACCAGCUUACAAUGGAAUGUAAUCAAUAUUCCAAUUAUCAUUAUAUUUUUUUCCUUUCCAUUCUUAAAAUCCUAUCUAUCAUUUUUAGUAUCUUAAUUAUUCAUCAAUCAUCCAAGGUUUAUCAAG